GCAGCUCUCACCACCACACUAAACGCAGCUCUGUCUUUAUGAAUAAAUGUCAGUUUCAUAGCUGACCAGCCUGAUGCAUCGUCACGGUUGGGUCCGUUCCGUUCGCUCUCAGAAGAAAGCUCUCUUUCUUGACGUCAACGACGGCAGCUCCCUGCGGAGUCUUCAAGUGGUGGCUGACCCAGGGCUGGCUCAUAGACGCCUAACGUUUGGAAGCGCUGUGGAAAUUUCUGGAAGUCUGGAGAAAAGUUUACAUGAAAAACAGAACGUGGAGCUCCAGGCCACUGAGGUUCUGGUCGUUGGGGAAUGUGACCCUUUGAAUUUUCCUUUCAAAGUGAAAGAACGACAUGGGCUGGAGUACAUCAGGCAGUUUCCCCACCUGCGCUGUAAGACCAACACGUUCAGCUCUCUGCUGAGGGUACGAAGUGCGGCCACCUCUGCCAUUCACUCGUUUUUUAAGGAGAAUGGUUUUGUGCACAUCCAUACACCAAUCAUUACCUCAAAUGACUGUGAAGGAGCUGGGGAAAUCUUUCAUGUUGAGCAUGAGGGUCGAGGUAACAAAGGGGACCAGGAUGAGCCCUAUUUCUUCUCAGUUCCAGCUUUCUUGACUGUCUCUGGGCAGCUUCAUCUGGAGGUCAUGGCAGGGGCCUUUCCCUGCGUGUACACUUUUGGGCCAACGUUUCGGGCAGAAAACUCUCAAAGCAGACGGCACCUGGCAGAGUUUUACAUGGUCGAAGCAGAGAUUUCCUUUAUUCGCUCUCUGGAGGACCUCAUGGUGGUCAUGGAGAACCUGUUUAAGGCCACGACAGAACGAAUCCUUGCUGAAUGUCCACAUGAUAUAGAGCUGUACCAUAAACAUGUUGCACCUGGACACAGGGACAGUCUGCUCUCCAUGCUGAAGAAUAAAUUCAAGGUGAUUACAUACACCGAAGCUAUAAAUAUACUGACCCAUAGCUCCCAGAGCUUUGCUUUCAAAGUGGAGUGGGGCAAUGAUCUGCAGACAGAGCAUGAGAACUAUCUGGUGAAGCACUGUGGUAACGUUCCAGUGUUUGUAAUCAACUAUCCCUAUGAGCUGAAGCCUUUCUACGCGAGGGAUAACAGUGACCAACCAGAGCACACGGUCGCAGCAGUUGACCUCUUAGUGCCGGGGAUCGGGGAACUCUUUGGAGGUUCUCUGAGGGAAGAACAACAGGAGAUGUUGAGGGCUCGCUUGGCACGAGCUGGGAUGGAGGAUGCAUACCAAUGGUAUUUGGAGCUGAGACAGUUUGGCUCAGUUCCUCAUGGUGGGUUUGGAAUGGGAUUUGAGCGCUACCUGCAGUGUGUUCUGGGAGUUCACAAUAUUAAAGAUGUCAUUCCUUUUCCUAGAUUUUCUCACUCCUGUCUUCUGUAAAGGAGGAUCGUAUGUAUUAAGUAAUUUGCUUUUCAACACAGUACCGAAUCAAGGAAAUUCAAUAAAAUAUUUUAUUUGCUGUGUUA